UUAUACCGAACCUUCAUUGAAAGCAGUCGCCAUGAGAAGUGUACGAGUUAAUCGCGCUUCCCUUUUUUUCGUUGUUUGCAUAAAUUUUAUAAAAUGUACGAUCAGCGCCGACUGCAAUGAUCAUUUACGAACGUGUUACUCGGACGUAUGGAGCGACAUACGAUAUGAAAAAUUAGAAGAUACCAGUAAAGCUAUGGAUUUUUAUAAAGAAAUUGAAAGUGAGAUACAACAUUUAAGCCAGUUGAGUAAUAAUGUGCGACGUUUUAUUCAACAAAAAAACGCUGAGAUGUUGAGUAAGUCACUAACUGGAGAAGGUAAUGACAUCAGUUCAGCAGUAAAAACUUUAUCGAAAAAUCAGGAGAUAUCACUAACCGAGGACAUUCUAUACGAUGCGAUAAAUGAAGUUUUCAAUGCCCAAACACCGAGUAAACUGGUUGAUCUGGUAUGGAAAAUAUUUGAAGGGAAUGAACCGGAAAGUUUCGAACUUAUGGUAAGAACUCAACUGAUGUUGUUCCGCGUUCAUGAAGAUAGAAGAAAAAUCGAUCAGCAAUACCCGAAGAAAAUAGCUUAUUAUUUCUAUAAAAUCCUAAAGCAUCCACUCUAUGCCGGCUUAGAAAAAGCGCUUAAACAAAGAUUAGGGAAAGCUCUUGCCAGGCUGCCACUUGCUUAUAGAGCUCUAUUAUUCCAACCGCUCUUUUGCUUAAUGAGCGUCGCACACAAUGAAUACAUUUACACGGCUCUUGAGGCAAAACUUGAUUCGCAAAACCGUUUCCUUUGGGUGUGGUAUGAGAAGGAUUUCAUCGACGAUUCUGGACACAUUAAAGCUGAGAUUAUCGAGCCACCAAAUGGUAAUGCGUUUGAUUUUAAAGUCAAAUUAACCGGAGUAAGAUUCAAUUUACCAUAUCAUCGCUUGGACUAUCAUCAGUUUGCUAUAGCCGGCUGGCAAGGAUUAGGAGAGCCCGAGAACUAUGAUUGGGAUUUUCAAGUAGUUGAAAACGACGUAAUCGUUUUUGAACAAGACGGUUUCACAAUGUGCAUAGGUGAUAAUCAAGAUACCGAGAGACGUAACGUGUAUGGAUUUAUGGAUAACGAGCAUACUGCUAAAGAUGCUAUCUGCCAAUGGAAAAUUGGAAGUUGCGAUCGCCGAUAACAACUAAGAAAAAAAUAGAAUACUUUUUAAUCCUUAUAAAAUUAACUUAACUGCUUCCAUGGUUCAAAGAACAGUUAAAGAUGUUUGAAGAUAAGUUCGGUCAAGUCUUUCUAGCUAACAUAUGUGGACAUUGCAUACAUUUUUACUUGUUUAGUAUAU